GUGCAGAAAUGGCGGUCAAGCCUGUAGUUCUUCUCUGUUUUGUCUUAGCCUCCCUCCUGCUCGCCAUCCAGAGUGUGACGUACGCUAGGGAGCUCACUGAAGCCGAUGGCCCUGUUGAGGGGAAGAGUGUGAAGCCUGCUGGAGGGCCUGGACAAACGGAGGCAAAGUGGCUAGGUGGAUACAAGCAUGGCGGUGGGUACGGAAUGGAAGGUGGGUAUGGUGGAGGGUAUGGAAACAAUGGUGGGUACGGCGGCGGGAAUGAUCCGCCUAGCUACGGUGGUGGAUAUGGGCCUGGAUACGGUGGAGGAUACGGCGGGCCAGGAUUUGGUGGAGGAUACAAGCACCACGUCCAUGGUGGUGGCGGCUAUGGGCCUGGAUAUGGUGGAGGCUACGGACCCGGUUAUGGAGGAGGGAACGGUUGCCCUCCAUGCGGAGGUGGUGGCUAUGGAGGUCCGGGCUACGGCGGGGGCAAUGGUGGUGGCUAUGGAGGUCCUAGCUACGGCGGGGGCAAUGGUGGAGGAUAUGGUAGUGGCAGUGGGUAUGGAGGAGGUGGGAGCUAUGGAGGUGGCUAUGGUGGUGGCACUUCUCCAUGAAGUAGAUAAUUAAUGUGGCAUUGCAGAGGUACUAUGCAGGGUGAUGUUUCCGAACAACAUAAUUAUGUGUGGCAUCGUCGUCAUGUCCGUGUGGUUUAAAACGUUGACUGUUUGCCUUGAUUGAAGUACCUUAAUAAAAGAUAGCUCCUUGUCUGUUAUCA